AUGGACCCGAUUCAAGAAUUCAUCACGAUGGUGGCAAGAAGCCCGGAACUUUCCGCGCUGCAGGCUUCCAUCAUCACCCAAGCGUUCCGAAUUCCCAAAGAAAAACAAGAAAAAACAAUCCUACGUUGUCUUAAUUACUUUAAACACAUUUAUCCAAUGGCGAUUGCCGAAGGAGUAAAAGCUGGUGCAACAAACUUGAAUUCUUCGGACUGUCCGGUGGUUCCCAAGAAGGUAAGCGUCGAGGCGUUCACAAUUCUCCGCCACAAAAAUUGGCACGGAUUGUGCUCCUAUAUCGUGCUCUACAUUUUGGAGAACCCGGAUUUUGAAGGGGUUUGGUACACAGCAAAUCGAUGCUUUUAUUUUACGAAAGAUAGGGCGACCGGUAGCGCUGUCGUCAAUCGGGCGCCAAUGGCCGUCAGAAAUUGGGUCGACGAGAAACAGCAAGAAAAUGCCAAGCGCAAAGCCAGCGCCGAGAAGCAGAAGCUGGCCGACGCGGCCAAAUUGGAAGUUCCCGUCGUUGUUGCUCAAGGGCAGCCGGAACUUGAAAACGUUUUGUGCUGUUCGAUUUGCCGAGAGCCUUAUGAUGACGAUCUGAGACGUCCUCUAAUCUUGACUCCAUGCGGACACACCUACUGCGCGACGUGUCUGACCGAACACAACUCGGGCGCCGUCUGCUGGGAGUGCAGCCGGAAAUUCGAAGAAAUGACGCCGAACUUUGAGGUGGAAUGGGCAGUGUACUAUGCGUUCCAUGAGCUGCAUACAACUAACCGACCGAAUCCCACUGAAAAAGAUGCACCGAGGCCGCCGACCCCAACGAGUCCAAAGCAAGCGGCCGUACCUCCAAACCCUGCUGAGAAACCAAAACCCCAUCGCCUCCGCCGGGCUCCAAUUGCUCCCAGCGCAGAGCCAAAGAACAAGCAGCCGCUGGACGAGAAACCAGAUCAAAAUAUCGGCUACCAAACCGUGCUCAUCAGCGGCAUCGAGCGCAUCGGUGAGGAGGAAAAACUAGAGAAGUGUCGUGAAAUGUUCGAAGAAGCAACCGGGUUACCGGUAGAGCAACUACGAAUCAAAUGCUAUGUGGGCAAACGAUUUGGAAAGGUGUUCAUGUCGAUGCCGACGCGAGAAGCUGCCAAACAGUUCAUCGACAAAUACGAUGGGGAAUGUUUUCCGGGACAUAAAAAUAUUAUGUCGGCGAAGCAUGAGACAUUCGACAGCAAGCCAAAGGCCGAUAUCGAUGGGAAUAAUGAUUUGGAGCAAAAGAGGACGCUUUACAUACAGAAUUUGCCGAAUCGUGUGACAUCGGAAGAUGUUUUGAAGGAAUUGCUGAAUGGGGGAGCAGAUUUGAACCAACGAUUCAUCACCCUACAACCGGCUCGUGCCGGCCAACUAUGCAUCGUGUCUUUCAAAACCGAAGAAGCAGCUAAAAAGGUCAUGGACGCUUUUCAUGAUCAGCCCUACCCCAACACUAAGAUGGUCCUCGACAUUACUUACUUCCGAAAGAAGAAAAUCGAGAGAACGCAGUCUACUGAGCGCCCAACCGGCAAUCAGAAUCGCCGCUCACCAUCGCCGGCCAGAAGCCAGCAACACGGAUACGGCGGGCCUCGCGGACGUCCGGGCUACGAUAUGCCAGUCCCGCCUCGGAUGCCGUUCAACCCGCACCAAGCGCAGUUUAUGCCACCUCCCGGCCCGUAUGGCAUGCCGUACCAUCCGGUUGCCUAUCCCUUCAUGGCACCGCCUCCAAAUUUUCCAACUUACGGACCACCGCCGAAUUAUGCACCCAGUUCUGCGGUGCUUCCGACGCCUCCAACACCUCCGACACCUCCGACACUUCCUCCGGCAGCACCACAACCCCAUAAACCGGCUGUCAAGAAGCCGGAUCCUACAAGAGCUGCGACCGACAAAAGCGUCGUAUGCGUCCGGGGCCUGCCUGCUACUGUCACCAUUGAAGAACUGAUCACCACUUUCUUCAGCCAGGAGCUCAAUUUGAAGCAAGAAAACGGACGUCCGAAGAUCUACCUUGUCAGCGACGAUUUAGAUGCGGAAAUCAAGACUAUGGUAGCGUACCUGGCCAGCGAGGAGCUUGGCAUCAGGACGGUCAGCAACUGGCACGCAAAGGUGUACCCGGGUACUCAGAAAAAGAUGAUAAUCGAGUACUACGGUGUGAACAAUAAUCCAAGACAUCCGAGCCUUGCUGUGCUCGAGGGUUCUGUGAAAGUAAAGGAAUCCUUACGAGGUUCUCUUCAAAACCUCCCACCCACCGCCGACAUUUAUAGCUUGAUUGCGAUUUUCCACGACAAGCCAGUCAGCGGCACCAAAAUACAGUUUUCGUCCCCACCCCGGUUUGACUUUGCCGUGCAACCCGACGGAACAAGAACCUGUAAAGCGAGGUUCGCGACGAAGAAGAUGGCCAGCCUGAUGACUACCUACUAUAAAACGGCCAAAUUCCCUGACCCGAAUUCUGGGCCACCGAAAAAUGCGGGACCUGCGAGCAUUUGGACGUCUACAAGCCGGACUGAGCUGCCCUUCAAGCCACUCAUGAGACCCAUUCACCGGAUUCCCACAAUCAAGCGUUCAAUAAUGGAGCCGUUCGCCGAAUUUAUGUUAGUGCUGGUCACAAGUGACGUGCUGGCGGAACUGAAGGCGACAAUUAUCAACAAAGCCUGUAAGAUACCUGAUGAAACGCGACAGAAGGUCGUGCUACCGGCCUUGAAUUACUUUAAAGAUAUUUAUGGCAAUGCCGUUAAGGCGGGAACGGAGGGCGCACAAGCGUCCACACUGGAUGCAAGCGAGCCGAUUACCCCGAAAAAAGAUACCUAUAAUGGAUUGACGAUUCUUAGUCACGAAAAUUGGGCUGCACUAUGUGCCUAUGUCGUUGUUUUUCUACUCGACAACCCGGAAUUUGAAGCGAUCCAGUACACCCCAAAUCUGUGUUUUUAUUUCUCCCGUGAUCAAAGUACCGAUGAGGAAACUAUAAAUAAGGCUCGGAAAUGUUUCGAGGGUUUGAAGAAUCCUGCGAACAACGUCAUAACUGCUGAUUCCCAGGCCAAUGGCGUGCCCGACUUUUUAUGCUGUACAAUUUGCAUGGAACCAUACGACGACAAGACCAAGUGGCCGUUCGUAUUGUUCGGGUGUGGACAUACUUUUUGCGAGAGCUGCUUGCUGAAGGGGCCUGCAAAUUGUUGGGAGUGCAAGCAGACAAUCGAGCACAGGGCGAAGAACUUUGUCGUCCAGAGCGCAAUUCAAUGGUUUAGCGGAUUUUCUGAGCAGUGGCCAGGCCCACAAGCCGGUUCUGGCGAUCUGGCUGCUCAACCUGAUGAACAAAGUACCCCGCAACGGCCAGAAAAGCGCUUCGCGAUCAUCAGUGGUAUCGAAAGAGAACCCGAUGAUGAUGAGAAGAUAGAGAAAUGCAAGAGGCUCUUCCGCGAGGCCACCGGAAUGCCGUCGUCGAGGGUCAGGGUCGAAAUAUUGCGCGACGACCGGACAGGGCAAGCUUUGCUGUCGAUGCCGAACGCCGAGGUCGCCAAAAAGUUUGUCGAAAUGCACGAUAAGCAAUGCUUCCCGGGCACAAAACACAUAAUGAGCAUCGAGGCUUGGUUUUUGAUCGACUUUCGCCCAAAGAAACCGUCGCCGCCAAUUGCACACAACGCCACGGCUGAGGACAAAACGACGCUCUGCAUACAGAACAUCCCGCUCGAGGCAACUAGCGAUCGGGUCAGGUUGGACCUGUUCGACGGUGGUGCGGAUUUGGCUGAAAAAUGGGUGAGGCUGAAUCCAGGAAUGUUUGGGCAGCUAUGCAUCAUCUCCUUCAGAAACAAGUUGGCAGCACAAAAGGUACUCGACACCUUCAACGACCGUCCGUACCCAAACUCAAACAUGGUCCUCAAAAUCUCCUACUUCAGAAAAAAGAUCGAUCAAGGCACCGUACCUGGACAAAACCCAAGAAACAAUCGGGCGCCUUCGAUGUCUCGCAGCGAGACACAAAGAUCAGAUGAGCAACACCAUCGACGGCCUUCACCAACCAGAAGCUUAACGUCAAAACAGGAAGGCCAUCGCAGUCGAGACGACCGUGAUCCUGCGCAUCCGCUUCUAAAUGCACCACUUACCCCGUUCAUUUCGCGAAUGCCGACGAUGUGUCAAGUUCGCUUUCGGGAUCUUCCGCACGCCGCAAGUUUGCGCGGGCUGUUUUGGCUCUUUCACGGAAAGAAUAUUGCCGGGAUGCCUAUCCGUUUUUGCAACUCCAGCGAGUGUCGCGUCUCGGAACAGUCAAAUGGUCUCAAAUCUUGCGUGGUCUACCUGGAAACGCUAGAGAUGGCCCGACAAAUCACGACUUAUUAUAAAACAGCGAAAUACCCGGGCACGGAACAGACCCACAAAAAUUGGCACGAAUUGUGCGCCUAUAUCGUGCUCUACAUCUUGGAGAACCCGGAUUUUGAAGGGAUUUGGUACACACCAAAUCUAUGCUUUUAUUUUGCGAAAGAUGGGGCGACCGAUAGCGCUGUCGUCGAACGGGCGCGCAUGGUGUUCAAACAUUGGCUCGACGAGAAGCAGCAAGAAAAAUCCAAGCGAAAAGCCAGUGCCGAGAAGCAGAAGCUGGCCGACGCGGCCAAACCGGAAAUUCCCGUCGUUGUUGCUCAAGAGCAGCCCGAACUUGAAAACGUUUUGUGCUGUUCGAUUUGCCGAGAGCCUUAUGAUGACGAUCUGAGACGUCCCCUAAUCUUGUCUCCAUGCGGACACACCUACUGCGCGACAUGUCUAACCGAACACAACUCGGGCGCCGUCUGCUGGGAGUGCAACCGGAAAUUCGAGAAUAUGACGCCGAACUUUGAGGUGCAACGAGCAGUGUAUGCGCUCCGAGAGCUGCAUAGUGCUAACCGACCGAAUCCCACCGCAAAAGACUCACCGAGGUCGCCGACUCCAACGAGUCCGAAGCAAGCGGCCGUACCUCCAAAACCUGCCGAGAAACCAAAGCCACCAUCACCUCCACCGGCUCCAAUUGCUCCCAGCGUAGACCCAAAGAAGAAGCAGCCGGUGGACGAGCAACCAGAUGUCGCCGCGAAUCCAGAAUUCGGGAAUAUCGGCUACAAAACCGUGCUCAUCAGCGGCAUCGAGCGCAUCGGUGAGGCGGAAAAACUAGAGAAAUGUCGUGAAAUGUUCGAAGAAGCUACCGGGUUGCCGGAAGAACAACUACGAAUCAAAUGCUAUGGGGGCAACCGAUUUGGAAAGGUGUUCAUGUCGAUGCCGACGCGAGAAGCUGCCAAACAGAAUUUGCCAAAUCGUGUGACGUCGGAGGAUGUUUUGAAGGAAUUGUUGAAUGGGGGAGCAGAUCUGAACCAACGAUUCAUCACGCUUCAACCAGCUCGUGCAGGCCAGCUAUGCAUUGUGUCUUUCAAAACCGAAGAAGCAGCUAAAAAGGUCAUGGACGCUUUUCAUGAUCAGCCCUAUCCCAACACUAAGAUGGUCCUCAACAUUACUUACUUCCGAAGGAAGAAAAUCGAGAGAACACAGUCUACUGAGCGCCCAACCGGCAAUCAGAAUCGCCGCCCACCAUCGCCGGCCAGAAGCCAGCAAUACGGAUACGGCGGGCCUCGCGGACGUCCGGGCUACGAUAUGCCAGUCCCGCCCCGGAUGCCUUUCAACCCGCAACACGGGCAGUUUAUGCCACCUCCCGGCCUGUAUGGCAUGCCGUACCAUCCGGUUGCCUAUCCGUUCAUGGGCCCGCCUCCGAAUUUUCCAACUUACGGACCACCACCGAAUUAUGCACCCAAUUCUGCGGUGCCUCCGACGCCUCCCACUCCUCCGACACCUCCGACACCUCCGACACCUCCUCCGGCAGCACCACAACCCCAUAAGCCGGCUGUCAAGAAGCCGGAUCCUACAAGAGCUGCGACCGACAAAAGCGUCGUAUGCGUCAGGGGCCUGCCUGCUACAGUAACCAUUGAUGAACUGAUCACCACUUUCUUCAGCCAGGAGCUCAAUUUGAAGCAAGAAAACGGACGUCCGAAGAUCUACCUUGUCAACGACGAUUUCGAUCAGGAAAUUAAAACUAUGGUUGCUUAUCUAGUCAAUGAAGAGCUUGGCAUUAGGACCCUUGCCAGCUGGAACGCGAAGAUGUACCCGGAUACGAAAAAUAAGUUGGUGAUCGAGUACUACGGCGCCAAUAAUAACCCAAGGCAUCCGAGUCUCGCUGUGUUGAAGGCGUCGAUCAAGGCAAAAGAAACCGAUCGAGUCCUCUUCAAAAAUCUGCCUCCUUCGGCCGACAUGUUCAGCUUAAUCUCAAUUUUUCACAACUUGUCGGUCGGUGGGACGAAGAUUCAAUUCGCCAAUCCUCCAGGAUUUGAAUUUACCGUCCAGCCCGAUGGUCUAAAAUCCUGCAAAGUGAAAUUUGCGACGAAGAAUAUGGCCCGUCUGAUCGCUACAUACUACAGGACCGCCAAAUUCCCAGGAACCGAGCAGACAUACGCCACUGAAUUGUGC